AUGGCCUCCAACUUGAACCACCUGCUCUCGGCUCGCCGUCCCUCCAACUUCCUGGUGCUCGCGCCCACGGCCUCUGCCAACUACCCCACCUCGCCCAAGGCACUCGCACCUGCGGCUCCUGCCUCCAAGGAGCCCGUCUCGCCGACUGAGGACCUUGGUUCCCCCGUCGUCAAGCCGACGGACAAUGUCGCUCCCGAGAUCGCUGCCACGCCCAGGGACCACCGGUCUGACAGCGUCAGCAGCACCGGCUCUGCACGCUUCAAGUUCCUGAAGCUGGGCCCUGUCCACUUCGGCAAGGGUGACAGCGAGACCGACUUCGCCGAUGCCGAAUGA